AUGACAGAUGCGUCAGCGUUACGGGAUUUUACCCAGCCCGACGAGCUGAGUGACCUGACCCUGGUGAUUAGUGGCACCCCCCUCCACGUCCACAAACAGUAUCUGGCCGAGUGGUCCCCCGUGUGGCGCCAGCUGUUUCUGGAGGAAUGUUCCAGUCCCGAAGGUCUACGGGAAAUCUUAAUGCCUGAUAAAAACUUACAAGAAGUUACGGAACUAUUGCACUGUAUUUAUUCCACACAGAAACCUAUUUCAGAUACUAAUGUGAAAUUUUUACUACAACUUUCUGAUGAAUUCCAAAUAAAUCGUGUGAAGGAAAGAUGUGAACAGUUUCUCAUCAACCAGGACAGAUCUCUGGGAAUAUUAGUCCUGGCCGAAAAAUACAACCUAAGGUCCCUCUAUAAACAGUGUAUGGAGUACGCCAAAACUAAGACACUGGAGGAACUGGACUCAAGUCCUGAGAUUAAACGGCUGUCAUCAAAGACAGUGUUACAGAUCUAUCAUGACAAGAUAGAGAUGCUCCGCGACUAUUCUAAUGACAUUACACAGAGAGACAGACGGACAAUGCUGGAUUGUGAGACCCUAAGGAUGGAGAAAGCCAACAUGCUGAGGAGUUUACAGGGCAUACAGAAACUCUGGGAUACCCCCAGUAAGAGGUGCUUCAGACACAUUGCUGACAGCGCGUUCAAUUACAGCUGUGCAGACUGUAACGAAAAAAUCUACUUUGAGGUUCGGAAGUUGUGUGGGGAGGGGCAACACCUCAGACGAUACUUUCCCAAACCCCCCGAAAAGAAAUGAUAAA